CCUUAACCUAUAUUCCCCCUCUCCCGUCGCAUUUCCUCACUUCUCACCUCGUUCCUUCAAGGCGCAAUCCAAAGCAAGGGUUUCUCUCUCUCUCUCUGCAACUCUCGUCAAUCAUCCAUGGCCGACCGCAAAGACUCCGAUUCCCGCCCCCACCUCUCCGUCACGCCUCCCCGGCAGAUCUCCAAAGAUGUUCUAGGGUCUGAAAAUACUAUUCCACUUUCACCACAGUGGCUUCUGCCAAAGUCAGGGGAUAGUAAGCCUGGAAUAGUGGCUCUGGAAAAUCAUUUCAGCCAGCAUCCAGCUUAUGGCAAUCGCUCAGAUCUUGUGAAGUCAUCUGGAAAUGGUGAUGAGAUCCAAGAAAUCCAUAAGAAAAAGGAUGUUUUCAGGACUUCCCUGCUUGAUAUGGAAGCUGGUCGUCGUGACCGCUGGCGUGAUGAAGAAAGGGACACUAAUUCCUCCAUGCGCAAAGAUCGUUGGAGGGAUGGAGACAAAGACCUUGGUGACAAUCGCAGGACAGACCGUUGGGUAGAAAAUUCAUCCUCUCGACACCUUGGAGAAGUGCGUCGUGUUUCGUCUGAGCGGUGGUCUGACUCAAAUAACAGGGACACUAAUUAUGAACAGCGGCGCGAGAGCAAAUGGAACACGCGCUGGGGGCCAGACGAUAAGGAAAUUGAAGGCGUGCGUGAGAAGUGGACUGACUCUGGCAGAGAUGGUGAUGUGCAUCUUGAUAAGGGGUUGUCUCAUGUUGCCAAUCAAGGAAAGGAUGAGAGGGAGGGAGAUCAUUAUCGGCCAUGGAGACCUAGCUCCCUGCAAAGCCGAGGACGGGGAGAGCCUCAUCACCAAACUGUAAUGUCAGGCAAACAAGUUUCAACAUUUGCUUAUGGUCGUGGGCGUGGGGAAACAACACCUCCAACCUUUUCUCUGGGACGUGGACGGGUAAGCUAUGGUGGCGGCUCUUUGAGCAUGCAUUCUCUAGGAAGUGGGGGAGAUAGGGUUGAGAGUGGCCAUGGGGAGCCUUACCGAUUAAGAUAUAGUAGGACAAAGUUGCUUGAUGUAUACCGAUUGACUGAUACGAGCUCUUGUGAAAAAUUGGUUGAUGGGUUUUUGCAAGUUCCUUCUCUUACACAAGAUCAAUCAUUAGAGCCCUUGGCACUAUGUGCUCCAACUUCUGACGAAACGGCUGUUUUGAAGGGAAUUGACAAAGGGGAUAUAGUAAGUAGUGGUGCACCACAGAUAUCUAAAGACGGAAGGACCUCAACAGAUGGUACACAGUCGAGGCGAACCAAGCCUGGCUCUAAGGAAAAUUUUCUGAAUGCUUUGGAUGAUUAUAAGGAGGAAAGUGCUGACAAUUCAAGAGGUGGUUCUGAGAAUAUUUCAGAAGGCCCUUCCUAUGAGAGGCACACGCUCUAUCACUUGUCCAACUCGAAAACGGAAAUUUUGAGGGAUCAUAAGUCAUUCUCAGAUAACAAGUUUAGAGCUGAAGCUUCCAGAGAGUACGAUUCUUAUAGCAAGACUGAAGAUGUGCCCAUUAAUAGGGAAUCAAGUCUCCCAGGAAAUCCGUCCAUUCCUGCAACUGCAUGGCAAUUCCCCUCCCAGGGAGAACGUUCACAUAAUGUGUUGCAUGAUGGAAGGUCAAGGUCCUCGGAACUGGGCUGGUCAGAUCCACCGAAGGAACUAAAUAAUGAGUGGGAAAGUAAAUUGGCUAACCCAUCAGAAACCAAAGACAAGACUAAGUGGCAAACCAUUGAUGAUCCCAUUCUUGAGAGGCAACCAUCUGGAGUUAUGGAGAUGGAACAGGAAACCAGGAAAGCUACACAGCCUUCUCCAGAGGACUUAACACUUUUCUAUAAAGAUCCACAAGGAAGAAUUCAAGGCCCUUUUAUUGGGAGUGACAUUAUUUCAUGGUUUGAGGGUGGAUAUUUUGGCUUAGAUUUGCCAGUCUGCCCAAGUCCAAAUGACAUGCCUUGGUUGCCACUUGGUGAUGUUAUGCCCCAUUUACGAGCUAAAGCUGGGCCUCCACCUGGAUUUAAUUUACCAAAACAGAAUGAAUUUGAAGAUGCAUCUGGCCGGCCUAAUUUCAGUGGCUUUGGGAAGCUUCAAACUGGCUUAACCGAGCUUGAUGUUCUAAGGAGUGAACCCAGGCAGAGACAUCCUUCAAUGACAGAAGCUGAGAAUAGAUUUUUGGAGUCACUGAUGUCUGGUAGUAAUAUGAGCAGUUCAGCACUGGAGAAGCUUGCUUCUUCUGAAGGUAUGCAAGGAUAUAUUGGAAGUAAUUCUAGUGUGAUGCCCCCGUCAGGAGUAGAUGGUGGAAACAACCUUUACCUAAUGGCUAAGAGAAUGGCCCUUGAACGGCAGAGGUCCUUAUCCAAUUCUUAUCCAUAUUGGCCUGGAAGAGAUGCUGCAUCGUUGGUUUCAAAGUCUGAUAUUGUACCAGAUUCCACAGUGCCUCAGUCAAAGCUUCUGUCUUCAAUAAAUGACAAUCCUUGUCAACCUCUUCAUUCUCAAAAUGCUGACUUCUUGUCCCUCCAAGGAAUAUCUGACAGGUCAACCUCUGGUGUAAAUAAUGGUCUUCCUGGUUGGUCAAACUUUCAAAUCCAAAGUGGAACUGAUCCACUUCAGAACAAGAUUGAUUUCCAUCAUGAUCCGAAUUUCCCUUCCCAAGCCCCAUUUGGGAUCCAACAACAGUGGCUGCAAUCACAUAACCAACCGCCUUUGACAAAUCCUGUUGCUCAAGCGAUAGAUAAUCCAUCUAGUAUUUUUACACCUGAAAAGUUAAUGUCAUCUGGCUUAGCACAAGAUCCACAAUUAUUAGAUAUGAUACAACAACAAUAUUUGUUGCAGUUACAUUCGCAGGCAGUUCAAACACAGCAGAUGUCAAUGUUUGAUAAACUGUUGUUGCUUAAGCAGCAACAGAAACAGGAGGAGCAGCAACAGUUAUUAAGGCAACAACAGCUGCUUUCUCAAAGGCUGUCAGAGCAUCAACCUCACCAGCGAUUUGGCGAUCCAUCUUUUGGACAGUUACAGGCAGCUGCAAUACCAUCAGGGAAUGCAUCUAUAGAUCCUCCUCGGCUUCAGCCCUCACAAGAGCUGUUUCAGAUUGGUUCACAGGUUCCAAUUCCCAUUAUGCAAGAUCAGCAUAAUACAAACUUUGUGAAAUUGCCCCCACAAGUUAACCAGGAUGUCAAUUAUAGUGUAUGUUCUGAAGCCUCUUUGUUGCAUCUGCCUCAUCAAUUAUUUGGGAACAACGCCCAUAAAGAAACUUGGGGUGCUACUGUUCCAGAAGAAACUAGCAAUACCCAUCAGAAAGAAUCAUCCCUGACACCAUCUUUUGCUAAAAACUCCCAUUUUGAGAUGAUGAACAGACCUGUGGAGCCCCCUCAGCGUGUGCAGAAACCUGUCUCUGAUUCUGAAUUACAUGCUCCUAGAGAUGUGGAGCAGACAUCAGACAACAGUUUGAGGGCUGAUAGAACUGUUGUGGUUGCGACUGCUGAAAGUACUUCAGAAUCUAUGCCCAUUCUUGUUGAUUUGUUAUCAGCAGGAACACAUAACAGUAAAGUGCCUGUGCCUGAGCAUGCCAGUGAUGUAAAGUCUCAACCUUGUGUUUUGCUCGAAGAACAGCAUGUUGAAAGCGAAAGGGGCACCAUUGAGCCGUCCAUGGUGACAGAAGUUAAGAACGUUGAAGUACAUGAACAAAGAAAAGCAUCUGAGAAGAAGCCUAAGAAGCAAAAAUCUUCUAAAUCACACACCUCUUCUGACCAGGCAAAAGAAGUACCUAAGGAUUCAUCUUUGCUGCAAUUAAAGAAAUCUGUAAUUGAAAAGCAGAGCAUCGAGACAGAUGUCGGUGCUGGAGAUGCACCAUGUGGAACCUCUUCGCAGAAGACAAGAGAUAACAGAGGCCCUAAAUCUGGAAUUACUACUACGGAACAUGUGGAGUCCCAACAGGUUCAAAGCUUUGUGUCUGCAACAGCUUCAGCAGAUGAAAUUGAAACUGUUGAAGUCAAGAGUGACUUGGGAGUACUUGGGUCAGUCACAGUACAGAAUAGCCAAACACAUAUUGGACAACGAGCUUGGAAACCUGCUCCUGGUUUGAAGCCCAAGUCAUUGUUGGAAAUUCAACUGGAAGAACAAAGGAAGUCACAGACAGGAAUGGUGGUAUCUGAGAUCACCAGCUCUGUCAACUCCAUGAGUUUGUCAACUCCUUGGGCUGGAGUUGUGGCCAAUCCUGACUCAAAAAUAUCUAGGGAAACUCACAGAGAUGCAGGAAAUACUGAGUUAAUUCUAGGGAAACCUGUAGCUUCUGUGAUUCCAAAGAGUGAGAAGAGCCAUUUACAUGACCUAUUGGCAGAAGAAGUUUUGGAGAAGUCUAAUGAACGAGAUGGUGAUGUUCCUGACAGUAUAUCUAUUAUGGCAAACCCACAAGUUAUGACCACCCAUUCAGAAUCUAUAGAUGAUGAUAACUUCAUUGAGGCUAAAGACACAAAAAAGAGUCGAAAGAAAUCAGCAAAAGCCAAGGGUGCUGGAGCUAAGGUCUCGAUAUCCUUUACUUCUGCUGAGGCUUCUAUUGGUUUGAGUCCCAUUGAGAAAGGGAAAAGCUCUCGUCCCAUACAGCAAGAGAAGGAAGUGUUGCCUGCAAUCCCAUCUGGGCCUUCUCUUGGAGACUUUGUUCUUUGGAAGGGAGAGUCAGCUAACUCUUCCCCUUCUCCAGCAUGGUCUACUGAAUCAGGGAAGCUUCCAAAACCUACAUCUUUACGGGACAUACUAAAGGAGCAGGAGAAAAAGGUAUCUGCCCACAAUCCAAACCAGAUUUCAACUCCUCAGAAACCCCAGCCAACUCAGGCUACCCGAACCAGUGGGCCUUCGUGGUCAGUUUCUGCAUCUUCUCCUGCCAAGGCUUCAUCUCCAAUCCAGGUCAAUUCUCACCCGGUGCAGUCAAAAUAUAAAGGAGAUGAUGAUCUAUUCUGGGGCCCAAUUGAUCAAUCAAAGCAAGAAACUAAGCAGGUGGAUUUCCAAUUCCCUCACCUUGCAAGCCAGGGCACUAGGGUAAUGAAAAGCACUCCCGUCAAAGGAACUUCAUCUGGAUCAUUUGGCCGACAAAAAUCAGUUGGUGGCAAAUCUGUUGAGCGUUCUAUUUCAUCUUCACCUGCCUCUGCCCUGAAAGGGAAAAGAGAUGUCAUGACCAAUCAUUCAGAGGCCACAGACUUCAGAGAUUGGUGCCAGAGUGAGUGUCUCAGGCUUAUUGGGACAAAAGAUAUGAGUUUCCUUGAAUUUUGCUCGAAGCAGUCCAGAUCAGAGGCUGAGAUGCUUUUGAUAGAGAACCUUGGAUCAUAUGAUCCUGAUCACGAGUUCAUUGACAAAUUCCUCAACUACAAGGAGUUGUUACCAGCGGAUGUCCUUGAAAUUGCAUUUCAAAGUCAGAACGACAAGGUCACUGGAUUUGGUGCUGUAGAUGUGAAUUCUAGCAAUGCAGGUGCUGGGGAUAUUGAUCGGGAUACUGCAGUGGGACCUGAUGGGUCCUCAAAAGGGGCAGGAAAGAAGGGGAAGAAAGGAAAGAAGGUUAGCCCUUCGGUUUUGGGAUUUAAUGUUGUCAGUAACCGGAUCAUGAUGGGUGAGAUUCAGAGCGUCGAAGAUUAGGAGAGGUUGUAGAGCCAGUUUGUAAAUACAUUUUGGCUUUUCGUUUAGUGUUUGUAAAUGGUUCGCUUUAGGACUUUUGCUUCAAUUUCCCCUUUAUAGAGCUAGCUAUCUCUACAGCAGCAGUUGUCUAAUAUUAUCUGCUCAAGCGUUUUUGUCUCAGCCUGAGUGAGGUGUAAUCUUAUUAUGUCAAGGUAACCUUGAUUUGAUGUUCA